UUUAUUUUUAUUUUUAUUGCGUUAAGUUUAUCUAUAAAUACGAAGUCAGAGGUUGUACAGUUGACAGCAGUGAGCAUAGAAGUAUCACCUUGUCCGAAGAUGGCAAAGAGCAGAGCUUUCUCAGCUUCAUUCCUUCUCUCUCUUCUUCUGUUUUCCUAUGUUUGUGAUGCAAGGAAAGAUCCAGGAGAGGUGUGGAAGGCUGUAAUGGAUGAAGAGACUAUGCCUAACGCAAUCAAAGAUCUUAUCGACGAGGGCUCGAGCUCCAACUCGAAUAUGAAAAUGGAUCGUUUUGUUAGGGAUUUCGAUGUAAAGCCUAAUGUUAUAAUAUAUCACCACCGUGAGCAUGCUCAUACUGAAAAACAGAUCAAGCUGCCGUUUGGUAUGGAAGGUAAUUAGGUGUCGUAUGCCAAUAAAUUAAAUUUGUGUAACAUAUGUAAGGGUUUGAGUUUGGUAGUGGUUAUUAAAAUUGUUUUAAACCUAUGUUUUCAUAGUUUGGAUUCA